AUGCCAGAGCUUGAGGUAUCGGCACGAAGAUCUGGCGAGGAGGAAGAAGAAGAAUCUGUUGAGCCCGUCGAGUUUGUUGAGGACGAUGGGGUAUCGAGUAUCGCGCUACCGAUUUUGCUGGACGUUGUAGAUCUCCAUGAGUCCGCUAUUGCAUUCGGUAUGUUAGAUACAAAAAAACAAGUGCGAGGGAAUAUGCCACGAACAGCAAUCAUAGCGAACGCUUGUGAAGGAGCAUGUGUUGGUCAAUAUCGCACGUGA